GGGGUUUCGGGGAUAGCUCGCGGCCUUUCUGGGGUUCUCCUGGUUGUGGCCAUCCCGGCUUGGCUAGGAUUUCCGGCCCGGGGUUGAGGCGCUCUCAGUUGUCUCUUCUCCGCCGGGGUGCAUCCGCGCCUCUUCAACGAGUGGGUGGCGUGCAGCCUCGUCGGGGCAUCUGGGAUCGGCCCUGCGCGGCUCUGCGCGCUUUGCCACGGGGUCCCGGGGCGCCGUCCGCCAGCGGCCUGGGCAGCUGGAGACCCGCGGGAGGGAGCGCCCCACUAGACCCACCUUGUCCACACUCUGCUCUCCCUGGAUAGGAAGACUGAGGAGGAAGGGAUGGCUGUGGAUCUGCUGCCCGCUCAGGUGAGAGUGAUGAAGUUUGUCUUUCUCAUCAGUUGGCUUCUGGAUUCAGAGAUGGCAGGCAUGUUUCCAGACUUUGUCCAGGAGUCCAUGACAUUCAGGGAUGUGGCUGUGUUCUUCAGCCAGGAUGAGUGGUUGCACCUGGACUCUGCCCAGAGAGCCUUGUACCGGGAGGUGAUGUUGGAGAACUACAGCACUCUGGUCUCACUGGGGAUUCCAUUUUCAAUGCCAAAGGUGAUUCAUCAGUUGCAACAAGGACAAGAUCCCUGCAUGGUGGAAGGAGAAGUCGCUUCUGAUACCUGUCUAGGUUUCAAGGCUUGGCCUGAAACAGAAGCAUUGCCUUAUCGGCAGGAUAUUUUUAUAGAAGAAACAUUGCAGGGAAUAAUGAAGAAAGAAUUCAUUAAGUAUGGUCACUGGGACAUUAACUUUGAAGAAGCUGUGGAAUUUGAGAGCAGGAUAGAAGAGGAGCAAGAAAAGAAACCUCUUAGGCAAAUGAUAGUUUCGCAUGAGAAAACCAUCAGUGAAGAUGGAAACCAUACAAGUCUUGAAUUGGAGAAAAACUUAUUUGUAAAUACAGCUCUCGUUUUGCAACAGAGUGUUCCUGUAGAAAGGAUACCCAAUAUGUUUUAUACAUGUGGGAAAGAUUUUAAACAGAAUAUUGAUCUCAUGAAAUGCUUCCAAAUUUACCCAGGAGGAAAACCUCAUAUCUGUAAUGAAUGUGGGAAGAGCUUCAAGCAGAAUCUUCAUCUUAUUGAACACCAGAGAAUUCAUACAGGUGAGAAACCCUACAAAUGUAAUGAGUGUGAAAAAACCUUCAGCCACAGAUCAUCCCUUCUUUCUCAUCAGAGAAUUCAUACUGGAGAGAAACCUUACAAGUGUAAUGAAUGUGAGAAAGCAUUUAGCAACAGUUCAACCCUUAUUAAACAUCUGAGAGUGCAUACUGGAGAGAAACCGUAUCAUUGUAGAGAAUGUGGUAAAGCCUUUAGCCAGUGUUCAACCCUCACUGUACAUCAGAGAAUUCAUACUGGAGAGAAACUCUAUAAAUGUGGUGAAUGUGAGAAGGCCUUCAACUGUAGAGCAAAACUUCACAGGCAUCAAAGAAUCCAUACAGGCGAGAAACCCUACAAAUGUAGCGAAUGUGGGAAAGGUUACAGCCAGUUUACAUCUCUAGCUGAACAUCAGAGAUUUCAUUCUGGAGAACAACUCUAUAAAUGCCUGGAAUGUGGGAGAACCUUCACACGUAUUGCAACCCUUAUUGAACAUGAGCGAAUUCACACUGGACAAAAACCUUAUCAAUGCAAUGAAUGUGAGAAAGCCUUCAACCAGUAUUCGUCCUUUAAUGAACAUCGAAAAAUUCAUACUGGGGAAAAACUUUAUACAUGUGAGGAAUGUGGGAAAGCCUUUGGUUGCAAAUCUAACCUUUAUAGACAUCAGAGAAUUCAUACCGGAGAGAAACCGUAUCAGUGUAAUCAGUGUGGAAAGGCCUUCAGCCAGUAUUCAUUUUUAACUGAACAUGAGAGGAUCCAUACUGGAGAGAAACUGUAUAAAUGUAUGGAAUGUGGGAAAGCCUACAGUUACAGAUCAAACCUUUGUAGACACAAAAAAGUUCACACUAAAGAGAAACUCUAUAAAUGGAAAGAAUAUGAGAAACCUUCCAUCUGCAGCUCCUCACUUACUCAGUAUCAGAGAUUUCUUAGAGGAGAUAAGGCCUAUGAGGUUUAGUUCAUCUCUCAAAUAAUCCAAGGCUUCUCAUUGGGGAAUAAGGAGAAUAAUAAGUAGGGUACAAACUCCUAAUAGAUUUAAGUCUUUUUUACUUCUGAAGGAAAUAUGUUAGUUGCCACGAAGUAAUGGUAAAAUUGAUUAGUGAAAUUAUGAAAAGCACUGACUUGUUAAGUUUUAAAAGAACCGUAUUGUGGUUUAUGGCCAUGCUUGCGAGUUUUGAUGGGGUUAAAAAAAAAAAAGAAAAAAAAGAACCAUAAAUUCUAAGGUUUCUAAAAUCCCAUAAAUAUUUUUUAAUUCAUAGAAAAAAUGUAAAAGGCCUAACUUUUUAAAAAAUCAUGAAAAAUGGUUCAAUAUCAUAUUGUUUAUCUCAUAAGACCAUAUUCCCUGUAUAAGAGUAAGCUUCAAUAUGUGAAAUUUCUUUUAAAAACAGUCACUGAGUUAUUAAUAAUGUGAAUAAGUGCACGGCCUUUUUUAAAGUAGUAGGCCAACAUAGAAAGCGCUCCUUUUCCAUAAAGAGAAGCUAAACAUAAAAAAGAAAUUCUUUAAAUUUAACUCUUUAUGUGGAAAUAAUAAUGCCUUUUUUAUGAGCUUUCCCACCAGCAACUUAUAUGUGUAAACAAACAUAUAUACACGUGUGUGUGUGUGUGUGUGUAGAUACACAUACACAUGCAGCUUUGCGAAACAUUUUUUCAAAAGUCCUUUAUUAUUAAAAAAUGUAGUUUUAUUAGUUUAGAAUUUAGUUCUUGGAAUUAUGCCCAAAUGUAGACUCUGUUUCUUUUACUUUCUUCUGUUAUUUUUUAAUUUGUUGUGGUUUUAUAUAACUGAACAGAGUACUAUUAUAGUACCAUAGAAGGUGCAUUAACUGAAGCAGUUAGAAAGACUGUCAUGCACAUACUUUGUUAUCUGUUGCAGAAGGUAUAUAUUUGGCAGAAUCUCAGGCUACAUGUCUGGUAGCUCAUUAGAGCCAGGAGAGAUUUUCGUUUAAUUAUAACCUUUCAUUGUACUAAAAGAAGAAUUUGAACUUAAUGAACAGAGUCAAGACUAGAAUCUAGGUAUUCAGUUCUGGUGUUUUGAGAUAAUUAUAGGCUCAUUUCCAACCUGAGGUUCCAAGAGAACUAUUUGUUUUGUAGCCUGGUUAGACAUAGUUGCAGUAAUUUAAAGUUAUUGUUUUAUCUUUUAGGGUUUCCUCUCACCUUAAUCUUAAUAAUUGACUCACAGCUAUAUUCUUUUUUCUUAUGAGUCCCUAAUUAUGCUUGCUUUUAUUAUACUUGUACUUAAAUCCUUAAAGCUAGCUGAGCUCCAGAGAGUGUGUUUUUGGAGGCUUCACCUAUAAGGCUGCCUUCUUAUUACACAUAUUUUAGGAACUAUUUUGUGUAAAGUUAUAUAUGAAGAAUUUAUUGUUAAGCAUUCUUUUCAUAAUUUUAAAUGUUUAAUUCCCCUCCAGGCCUUUCUCCUCCAAUUUUAUAUUUGACUUUCAUUCAAUUAACAGUUGGUAUCAUUAAAAAAAAAUGAUUCUAAUACAAUUAGCUAGACCUUCUGAGAAAGAUACAGAAUUAAACUCAAGCAUUCAGAAUAGUAUAUUUUUUAAUUGACUGGUUUUAGCUUAUCAGAAAGUAAUUGUUUUAUGAAUUUAAAUACAUUACAAAGAAAAUGAGGUGUUUAAACAGACCUCAAUAUUUAACAUUGUACCCAAUAAUGGUGAGCUUGCUUAGUAUCCAAAUUUUGGUUUCUAAGUGGCAUUCCCCACUAAAAAGAACCAGGGUUCCUUGCAGAAAUAGCUGAUUCCAUGUUUGGAGCAGGGGAAGUGGAUGAUGUGACAAAAUUUUUUUCUUAAGAAAAUGAAAAGCUAGAUAGUAUUUGAAGACUAAUAGGGUAAUGUCAGAAGGGGACAGGUGCCAACUAGCCAAAUAUAGGACAACUUAAAAUAAAAGAAUAAUCACUGAUACUGCUAAUAAUAUUAAGAAGGAAGUUCAUAAUGAUGAAAAUAGAGAAAAAAACUUUAUAAAAUUAUUUGAAGUAUGUCUUCUUUUAAAUGUACACAGAAUGAUAGAUUUGAAAAAAUUACCAUUUUACAACCCUUAAUGUAAUUAAAUCUGGCAAAAAUGUAUAGUAAAACCCAUUAGGUGAAAAAAGUUUUAAGGAACUUGGUUUAAAAAGUUUCAGAAGAUCACAGAUACCUAUUACCACAGAAUUGCCUUUACAAAAGAUUUGGCUGUCAAACUUCAUUUCACUCCUUCUGGAAUAAGCCAACAUUAUGUGGCUCAUGAUGGGAUUCAGUAUGAAGCAUAUGUGAUCAUCCUUGAUGUACUGUCAAAAAUGUUUACCCCAAAUUUAAUUAAAUCUCUUACCUAGACUUAUCUUCCUGUUUAAAGAAAUACAAGGAAUAGAGGAACAAGUUAAAUUACACAGUAUGGAAAUAGACAAAUCCAGAGUUGGUACAGAACAACUGGUCUAAACUUUUCAAAAAGUAAAUGUAAUAAAACAAAAAGUGGUCUCUUCUAAAUUAAGACAAGAGACAUAACCAAAUAGAAAGUUUGAUCCUUUAUUAGCUUCUGAUUCAUAAAAAAAAAACAACAACAACUUAUAAAAGACAUGUGGGGGGAUAUUUGGGGAAAUACGAAGAUGGAAUGGGUAUUAGAAAAUGUGGUAUGUUUGAUUUUUCUAGAAGUGAUAAUUGAGUUAUAUAGGAUAAUGUUCUAAUUCUUAGGGGAUGCAUGCAGAAGUUUUUUUUGGGUUUGAAACGUCAUGAUGUCUGCAGCAUAUUUUCAAAUAAAUAUGUACAAAAUUAGUCAAUUUUUUUUGUGGUGGAUGUAGAGAUGUUCAUUGGUCAUUUAAAAAAUUUUUCUAUAUGUGUAAAUUUUUAAUAAAAAUGGAAAAAAUUGAUUGGAUAAAGUAAUGAAUAUUAAUCUUUCAAUCAGAAUUCUCCGUUUAUAUUCUUAGGAAGUUCCUGUUUGAGAGUUUAUCUUCCAGGGUUGUAAUCAAUGGAAAGAAAGUAACUUUGGGUGGUACUGGUUCCACUUUAAAUGGAAUGAGCAUGCCCCACUUUAUCUUUCAUGCUAAAUGUAACUAAUGCAUGGAGCAGCUGUCUGGGAACUCUCAAAAGUAAUGGUAACAGGCUAUAAUUUGAAACAAGAUCAUUGUGGCACUCCUGGGCAUUCUUGUGGUGAGGACAGUGAUGGCUGAGCAGGCAUCUAUACCUCAGAGUUAGGAACCCUUCACUCUUGUUGGAGGAUCUGUGGGCCAAAAAGGGUUAGGAGAAUCCCCAUUGCUUUUCUUCCCUCACUAUCUCCCUGCUCCUUGGAACUGGAGGUGAUGUAUCGAUGAGGUGUAUUAGCAGAGAGGAGAACCUAAACCCUUGGGUUUCUAAUUUGAAGACCAGGAAGAGGAAGUGGUUCCUGAGAUCUGGAAGGCAUCAAGGUCGUGAAAGAUAAGGAAGCUCAAGAAAGUGAUCUCAUACAGUUGUUUAUGCGAUCUGUUCUAUAUAUGUGUAGAUCUGACCCGAUAAUUGUUCAGGUCUGACAUUGGGCAUAUAAGACAAAUCCAAAUAGCACUGAAGAUACUUAGAAAACCGGACUGACAUUAGAACCACAGCCCACAGGAGAUGGAUUGGAACUGGUGACCAAGACCAGCCAGUUAAAUUGACUGCUGGAAAAAAUACCCUAACAUUUUCCAGAAGAAUUAAAUACCCAGAGGCUCAUAAUAUUCAAAACGUCCAAGAUGCAAGGCAGAAUCACAUGAAAUACAUGAAUCAGGAAAUUUCCAAAAAUUCAAAGGAAAGACACAACAGACAGUAACCCCAAGAUGACACAGAUGUUGGAAUUAUGAGAAAGACUUUAAAGUAGAUAUUAUAAAAAUGUUUCAGAAAGUGUGACCAUUCCAGAAAUGGAUGGAAAUGUCAAUUGUUUCAGCAGGAAAAUAAUAAUUUGACUCAUUUCUGAUAGAAUAUGAUAGAAGUGAGGCCAUGUCACUUAAAAGAUUGGAUUAUGAAAAGACUGUGGCUUCUGCAUAGCCAUGCACUCUCUUGAAUUACUUGACCUUUGGGAAGCCAGUUGCCAUAUUGUGAGGACACUUAGCCUAUGGAGAGUUCCAUGUCGUAAAUAACUGAAGCUCAUGGCCAACAGCCAGCAAGAAACUGGCCUUCGAGCUACCAUGUGAGUGAGCUUAGAAGUAGAUCCUUCACCUGAGCCUUCAAAUAAGACUGCAGCCAUAGCCAACUACUUGCCCAUAACCUCAUGUGAGAUGCUGAGCCAGAAAGACCUAGCUAAACCACUCACUUCUGGCUUCUUAACCCCCAGAAACUCUGGGUUAGUAAGUGUUUUAACCAGUAGGUUUUAGGGUAAUUUAUUAAGCAGCAAUAGAUAACUAACACAGAACUUGGUACUUAGAGAUGAGUUGCCAUAAUGAAAACCCAAAAUAUGGGAGUGGAUCUGGAACUUGGCAGUGGGUGUUAAGUAGGCAUGUGCUGGUAAAAACCUAAAGUGCUUUGAAGAAAUUACUUGUAGAAGCAUCAUAGUCCUUGACAAGGCUGUAGAUGAGGACUUUUAGAAAAGUAAGGUAAGUGUUACUGGAAACUGGAGGAAGGAAGAACUUAUGUAGUGGCAGACUGAAAUUAAAACAUGUGCCUAAUAUGAUCUCACUAGAGAGAGUUCCUGGCAGAGUAUGGAAGGUGCCAUCUGGCUUCUUGAUUAUAGUGAAAUAUGAGGAGAGAUUAAAAACUAUAGGAAAGACCAUUAAACAAAAAGGAUCCAGGGCUUGAUGGUUUUGGAGAUAGUCUCAUCAAGGCAACAGGAUAUGCUAAAAUUAAGAAAUUGCUUCUGAGCAAAGAUCAAAUUUAGAGAAUUCCCUGGAAAACACCUUCCAAUGAUGAAGCUCAUUAUAAUAUUUAAUAAAAAUUAAUAAGAGUUGACAAGGAUGUGGAAAAAUUGGAACCCACACACAUUGAUGGUGGGAGUAUAAAAUGGUGCAGCCUCUUUGGAACACAGACUGGAAUUUACUUCAAAGAUUAAAUAUAGUGUAAUCAUGAGACUUAGCAAUUCCACUCUUAAAUUUAUCCCUAAGAGAAUGAAAACAAACAUUUAUAUGUGUACAUGAAUGUUCAUAGUAGCGUUAUUCAUAAUAGAAAGUGGAGACAACCCAGUGUUCAUCAACUGAUGAAUGAAUAGGUGAAAUGUGGCAUAUUUGUAUAAUGAAACAUUGUUUGUCAAUAAAAAGAAAUAAAACACUGAAUAAAUAAAUGCUACAACAUGAGUCAACCUUGAAAACAUGCUGAGUGAAGGAAGCCAGUAACAAAGGACCACAUAUUGUGUAGUUCCAUUUAUAUGUGAUUUUCAGAAUAAGCACAUCUGUAGAGACAAAGUAGAUUAUUGAUCUCCAAGGGCUUUAGAGAUUUGGAGGAAAUGUGGGCCGAUGGCUAAUGGAUGUGGAGUUUCUUUUUGGAAUGAUGAAAAUGUUCUAAAAUCAUGUGAAUUAUUCCACAACUCUGAAUAUACUACAAGGCUUUAUAUAGGUGAAUUGCAUGGUAUGUGAAUUUAUAUAAAGAUUGUACACUUUAUAUGGGUGAAUUGCAUGGUAUGUGAAUUCUAUCUCACUAAAGUUUGUUGUAAACAGCCUACUGCAAAUGCUUAUCUGUUAAUGCCAAUCUGUAAUAAAAAUUUUAUGUAUUUCA